AGAAAGCUUGUGCACUGGAUGAAAGGCGGUCUGAGUUUCCAGAUAUCGCGUCUGGCACUGUAUAAAACGGAAACUGAAGACACAAGCUGCAAAUCGUGGGAGAAGGUGGAGGAGUUCGAGCUCAAACCUUGAUUACUAGAAAAGGGUUUUCUGACUCUUUCUUUCAACCCUAAUCGUAUCGAUGAUGCCUGCGAAACGCGCUCCGUUGAAGCAAUCAUCAAUGGCGCUGCGCGGGGAGGGAGAUAAAAGCAAUGCAGGAGGUGGUGAUGUGAACGACAUUGAUCCUGGAUUGAAGCUCAUGUACACGACCAACGAGCGUGAUUUGGAUGGCAUCAAGGAGCUUUUGACCUCUGGUGUCGACGUUAAUUUCCGCGAUAUUGAUGACCGGACUGCACUUCACGUCGCUGCGUGCCAAGGGUUUGGCGAUGUUGCCAAGCUCUUGCUUGAGAAUGGAGCCAAUGUAGACCUCAAAGAUCGCUGGGGCGGCACGCCUCUUGCAGAUGCCAUACACUACAAGAACCAUGAUGUGAUCGAGCUCUUGGAGAAGCAUGGUGCGAAGCAAGUGUUGGCUCCGUUGCAAGUAGAAAAUGUUGGCCAGUUACCAGAUUAUGAGAUCGAUCCUAAAGAAAUCGAUUUCACAAACAGUAUCGAAAUAUCCAAGGGAACCUUUAAGUUAGCUACUUGGGCUGGAACACCGGUUGCUGUGAAGAUAUUCUACGAAGGGGCUGCAGACGAGAAUAAAGUGAGGGCGUUUAGGGACGAGCUUUCGUUGCUUCUGAGUAUAAGGCAUCCAAACGUCGUCCAGUUUCUUGGUGCCGUGACACAAAGUAGUCCUAUGAUGAUUGUGACUGAAUAUUUACCAAAGGUAUCCAUCUCAUUUCUGCUAGUAAAUAGUCUUAUGUAUGAUAUCGGUUCGGUGUAUGUACAGGGCGACCUUCACGAGUAUUUGAAAGAAAAAGGCUCCCUGAAGCCUGCAAAAGCUCUCAGAUUAGCUAUGGACAUUGCCAGGGGAAUGAGCUAUCUACAUGAACAUAGACCAGGAGUGAUUAUUCAUCGCGAUCUUGAGCCUUCAAAUAUCUUGCGCGACGAUUCUGGACACCUCAAAGUGGCAGAUUUCGGAAUCAGCAAGCUUCUUAGAGUUGCAAACAGAGUUAAAGAAGAGAGGCCUCUGAUCUCUCAGGAUAGUACAUGUCGUUAUGUGGCUCCCGAGGUUUUCAAAAAUCAAGAUUAUGACACUAAAGUAGAUGUUUUCUCAUUUGCCUUGAUAUUACAAGAGCUUAUCGAGGGAUGCCCUCCGUUCAGCACGAAGAUAGAGCAAGAAGUGCCAAAAUCUUAUGUUGCGAAACAGCGCCCUCCCUUUAAGGCCUCAAUGAAGCAUUAUGCAUACGGCCUUAAAGAGUUGAUCGAAGAGUGCUGGAGCGAAAAACCAGUUGAUAGGCCGGCUUUCAAGCAGAUCAUUCCCCGGCUGGAGGAAAUGCAUAGCAGAUUCGACCAUAGAACCUGCUGGAAGGUGAUACCGUUGGACUGCUUUCAUCACUGGAGCUGGAGCAAGUGCCAUCACCGUUCCAGCAGCAGCACUGAUUCCAACAGAUCUCUAGGGAGCGACGUCUAGAUUCUUCAUUCUGAAAAGCUCUGCACCAGGAGAUUGGAUUUGCUGUCUCAAAUAAUUUCACUCCAUUUUAUGUAAAUAUUGGUAAGAUCAUGAUUUUUGUUAGUUAUAAAAUCUUAGAUAGAAUAUUGGUGCAUGCAAGAUCAUGUUUUUGUUUGUUAUAAAAUCUUAUAUAGAUUCAACGACUUAACUGACGUUGUUUCCUGGCCGGUGUAUAAUACCAUAUCAGAUUUAUAAUAUUCAUAAAGCCCUUUGUAAGAUCA